UCACGCGGUCCGUUUUAUUACGGGCUUCAACGUUGUUGACCGGCCCAUUAUCAGAAAUUUCAAUUUGCACCACUAUAUAUAGGUAGAGGGUAGGGUUUUCAGCCAUUUCUAGGUUUCCGUCCCGCCGCCGCCACCGCCGCCACUUGUCACUCGCUCGCCACCGCCGCCGCCAUGGGCCGCAUGUACGGCCCCGGGAAGGGCAUGUCCUCGUCGGUGCUGCCCUACGCUCGCUCCGCGCCCGGGUGGGUCAGGUCGUCCGCGGCGGAGGUGGAGGACGCGAUCGUGCGCGCCGCCAAGAAGGGCCAGCUGCCAUCGCAGAUCGGCACGCUGCUCCGCGACGCGCACGGCGUGCCGCUGGUCCACGGCGUCACGGGGCGCAAGAUCCUGCGCGUGCUCAGGGCCCGCGGCCUCGCGCCGGAGGUGCCCGAGGACCUCUACUUCCUCAUCAAGAAGGCCGUCGCGAUCAGGAAGCACCUGGACAGGAACCGGACGGACGUGGACGCCAAGUUCCGCCUCAUCCUCGUCGAGAGCAGGGUCCACCGCCUCUCCCGCUACUACCGCCGCGCCAAGAAGAUCCCCGCCUCCUGGAAGUACGAAUCCAACACCGCGAGCACUCUGGUGGCUUGAGUGACCAUUUUGUUUUGAGCCUCGUGGUUCCUCUGAAUUGAUUAUCUACACUUCUGGAGUUUACCUUGAACUUAAAUUAAGUGACAGUAGUGCCUUUUUGGUUGCACCUAGGAAGAUGUAUCUUGAGAGUUUAUGAAACUGGAUCAAGUUUUAGUCCUUUGGAGCUAGAUUGUUCAAGGUGUUUUGGAGUUGGGUUCAACCUUGAGCAGGUUGGUAAUACUCUGUAUGGACGUAUGCUCAUGGAAAGUUCGGAAUGAAGCAAGAGAAUUGGUGGUAUUCUGUUUGCAACC